AUCGUUCGGAUGCCGGGAAGCGGUCAUUGGUGAAUCAAGCUGUCUGCAGUAACGUCAGGAGAUUAGUGAAUCGCAGCUGGAAUGCGUGCUUGAUUCACAAAGGCAAGAAAGGGAGACAAAGCCACCGCGCAGAAGAUACGCACACCGGACUGCCACAUCCCGCACAGCCAUGAAGGGAGAGCAUUUAUUUGCCAACAUGAGAAGCGCUCCAUUCCUCCAGCGGGUUUACCUCCUAGGAGGGGAAGAACUGGUAGUCCUCCAGUCCACCAUGGGAGAGUCCUCACUGGGAGACAGUUUCCAACAAAUCACCGACUUCAAUGAUCUCCCCAUGUCCCUUUUCGCCUGCAACGUGGACCAAUCAGUAUUUGAAGACCAUGAGGGCAAGGAAAUGUUCGAGGCGCUCUUUCUCGCGUAUGAUGAGGGUGUGACGUUCCAGCAGUUUAAGAGCUUCCGACGUGUACGAAUCAAUUUUAGUAACCCCAAAGCAGCAGCCAGCGCUAGAAUAGAGCUGCACGAGACACCUUUCAGAGGAAAGAAACUUAAACUCUAUUUUGCCCAGGUGCAGAACCCAGUAUCAGAAGGAGACAAUUUGCACCUGGCUCCUCCCCAGCCUUCCAAACAGUUCCUCAUCUCGCCUCCUGGCUCACCUCCUGUUGGUUGGCAACAGAUUGACGAGGCCACACCAGUUAUUAACUAUGACCUGCUUUAUGCAGUUGCCAAGCUUGGCCCAGGUGAGAAGUUUGAGCUACAUGCAGGCACAGAGUCUACACCCAGCGUUGUGGUCCAUGUCUGUGACAGCGAUACAGAUGAGGAGGAGGAACCAAAGAACAACCCUAAACCAAAAAUCAUCCAGACCCGACGCCCAGACCUGCCAGUCUCACACUGAACUCUACAGCUCCGCACAGAGUCAGGAGGAUUUAUCCCCUCCACCAUCUCCUUCACAGGACCUCUGUCACCCUCCUUCAGAACCUUUUUAAACACACAACCAGGGUCUGAGGGACUCUAAUAUGUGUUUCUCAUUCAGCACACACAUGUAUACAAUACUAAAUGUGCUGUAACACAAUUUGUUUUUAUGUUGCAAUACUCUAUGUUUAAUAUGGCUGCUCUCUGUAACUCUUUCCCAAUCUGACUCUGUUGUAAUGUCAUCUGAUCACCAGUUAGAGGCAGCAUGUACCCGUCCCUGCUCUCACUUCUGAUUGGCUCCUGGGCUGUGGCACAUGAUAGUGUCAAAUGUGCCUACCGGCUGAUAGCUGGCCACUUGGCUUUGCUCUUGCACCACAACUAUGUACCAUUUGUACCCAGCAAGCCUUUAAGAAUAUUACAUUCUUCAUAAGGGCAUGCUAGCCGCUAAAUGUGGCUAAACACCAGCGCUGCAUGUGGCACACAGAAAUAUAUCUUCCCUAACAAAUUUCUGUCAAAUAACCCUAGUAUGGCAAAAGGAUCCCUUCUGCAGAGAAAAAAUUGCAGACCACAAGAAUCAUUCUCUUCAGGCCAGUGCAUGUUCUGGUAGCUGUGUUUCCCUAUGUGUAUAAUUGUCUGUGUCUCGCCAACAGUGUUCUUACAGAAAAACGAUGCUUUUUAAAACAUUAAGCUGACAUUUUGAUCACACCUUUCAAUGGAACCUAUACAAGUUGCUUCCUCAAUGUGAAUUAUUUUUUAUUUGUUUUUGUAGUGCUUGUGCCCUUUUGAAGAGGGAAACCUUAAUGAACUUUUUUCCCUGCAAGCUCCCAUUAGAGAUUAGAUAACAUCAAUGGGUAAUCAGAUGUCAUUUAAUGAAGUCUGUUAUGCACGGUUACUUGUUUCUAGAAUUUAAUGUAGCUGUCCAAAUCCACAGCUCUCCUUGUAGUCUGAGACUUUCGCAAACAAGUUAAUUUCUAAUCAUGUCAAAGAAAACAUGUACAGUAGGAUGCUACUGAGACAGAUCUUCCAAGUGCUAUUACACAGUGGGUAACAAAAAGCAAACGUUAGGAUGGUGAUGUCGACCUUCCUUAUUCAAUCAGUAUCUUUUUGGUGUGCCUAACUCAUUUAUGGAUUAUUUAGCUAAAAGAAGCUAUUUAUAUAUCUAAAGUAAGAACAUAACAUCAAGGCAUAUACAC